AUGCUUUCAUCCGACAACGUGACUUACCGACGAAUAGCAAGGCAACUGAACCCAAAACUCGGGCGGGCGUCUGGGGACCAUGUCAUGCCGGGUCAGCUGGAACAUAGAAGGAGGUCAGCACUCGCCAUCGAUUGGGCCGAUUCGACCGCGGGCGCCGGAUCCGCCAGCGCGAGCUCGCAGAAUCUUGGCGGCAGCCAGUUCUCGCAUCAGUCGUUGGGCGUAGAGUCGAAGCACGUGCCUGGUGCUUUACCAAUGACACUCGGAAAUUACAUCUUGAUCUUGAUGUGUUGGUGGUAUUCGUCGCUCGACCUAUUAGGCUUUAGAUGA